AUGGAGGCCGAAAUUAGGACCGUUCUUCCGAACAUUGACCCGGUAAUAUCGGAGUACUCGGUCGGGUAUCUUACCCAUGCCUCCACAUCAUGGACCGACGAAGAGGAGCCUUCCGGUCUCUCCCCCUUGUCGGAAGCCGCCUUCGCGGUCACGGAGCUCCUUCUCUCUGCCGCCGGCGAUUCUGACGCCAAGCAGCAGGAGAAGAUCCGGCAGCUAGUUGACAAAUGGGUCGACAAGUACAACACCGCAAAUGGCACAACAGAGAGGAGAGGUCCGACGAUCAAAAGACUGGACCAGACUAUCCAAGUCGGCUCGCAGAGGAACAUGUCGUCGACACUGGCCGUUUCUACCGGAGCUGUCGAUCUGGAGUCUGCUAACGCAAGGAAGGUAGAGUCAAAGGUCGACAAGAAGAAGCUGGAGAAGGCCGAACGGAAGAUUGCUGCCAAGCAGAGCAAGAAGACGUUCAAGACUGUUGAGUACGAGGCGUCCCGGUUGCUGAACCAGCCAGAGUCUACCCAGUCAUACGAGGAGUUCUACAUGGCAGUCAACCCGCUCCAGAUGGGCCAAGGCGCUGGCGGCAAGUCCAAGGAUAUCAAGAUCGACAACAUCGACGUCUCCAUAGGUGGACAAAGAAUCCUGUCAGACACCACUUUCACCCUAGCGUACGGUCAUCGACGUGAAGUUCCUAUUCCGACGCACAUUUCUAUUCUUCACGUUGAACAAGAGAUUACUGGCGACGACACCCCAGCGUUGCAGGCUGUACUGGAUGCAGAUGUUUGGCGAAAGGUUCUGUUGAGAGAGCAAGCAGAAAUCACACAAAAGCUUGCCGAAAUCGAAAGCCAACGAGCAUCGCUAGCCGAUACGUCUGCCGAUGCCGCAAGACUUGACAAGGAUCGUGAGGCACAAGAUCAGAAGCUUGGAGACAUCCAAGGCAAGCUUGCCGAGAUGGAGUCCGAUAAGGCCGAGUCUCGAGCUGCAAGUAUCCUUGCUGGUUUGGGCUUUUCACCAGAACGACAACAGUUUGCAACGAAGACAUUCUCUGGAGGUUGGCGAAUGCGUCUCGCUCUUGCCAGAGCCCUCUUCUGUGAACCUGACCUACUACUUCUCGACGAACCGUCAAACAUGUUGGACGUUCCAUCAAUUACUUUCCUUUCCAACUACCUCCAAGACUACCCCAGCACUGUGCUUGUCGUCUCUCACGACAGAGCAUUCUUGAACGAAAUCGCAACUGAUAUUAUACAUCAACAUUCCGAGCGGUUGGAUUACUACAGAGGUGCGAACUUCGAGUCCUUUUAUGCCACCAAGGAAGAACGAAAGAAGACGGCCAAGCGAGAGUAUGAGAACCAAAUGGCCCAGCGUGCUCAUCUCCAAGCUUUCAUCGACAAGUUCCGUUACAACGCCGCCAAAUCAUCUGAGGCACAAUCGCGUAUCAAGAAGCUGGAGAAGAUGCCUGUCUUGGAGGCUCCCGAGGCAGAAUACAAUGUCAAGUUCAAGUUCCCUGACGUGGAGAAGCUCUCGCCUCCUAUUGUACAGAUGUCUGAAGUAACCUUCGGCUAUUCCAAGGACAAUGUGCUACUGAAGAACGUCGAUCUCGACGUCCAACUCGACUCCCGAAUCGGCAUUGUGGGACCAAACGGAGCGGGUAAGACAACCGUCCUGAAGCUUCUUAUUGGAAAGCUACAAGCUUCCUCCGGUAUCAUAUCUCAGAAUCCCCGGCUGCGCAUUGGAUUCUUUGCUCAGCACCACGUCGAUGCACUGGAUCUGAACACGAGCGCCGUGAGCUUCAUGGCUAAGACCUACCCUGGCAAGACGGACGAAGAGUACAGAAGGCAGCUUGGAGCCUUUGGUAUCACUGGCACAACCGGUCUCCAGAAGAUGGAGGUACUCUCUGGAGGUCAGAAGUCCCGUGUUGCAUUUGCCUGUCUAGCUCUCACCAACCCGCACAUCCUCGUGCUGGACGAGCCGUCUAACCAUCUUGAUAUUGAGGCUAUGGACGCCCUGGCCGAGGCGUUGAGGGAGUUCCAGGGCGGCGUGCUCAUGGUUUCCCACGAUGUCACCAUGUUGCAGACCGUGUGCACGUCGCUCUGGGUGUGUGACAAUGGCACCGUAGAGAAGUUCCCUGGUGAUGUGCAGCAGUACAAGAAGAGGAUUGCGGCCCAGGCUGAUGCAGCUGGUGUUGUCAAAGCUCAUUAG